AUGGCCGCAGCAUCCGCUCGCCAGUGGGGUGUUACCCCUCCGAUAUCGACAGUCUUGCCGACUCCGGGCGAGCUUGCGGCGAACGACGAUCUGAUUGCGGAGCUCAAGGCUCAGAACAACUUUGAGCUCCCGACUGAGACAGAGAAAAGACAGCAAGUCCUUCAAUUACUGCAGCGCGUCGCAGUGGAGUUCGUGCAAGUGGUCAGUCGCAAGAAGGGCCUGUCGAAUGCUGCCGUCGAGGCUUCCGGUGGCAAAAUCUUCACAUAUGGAAGUUAUCGCCUGGGUGUUUAUGGACCAGGAUCCGAUAUCGAUACCCUGGUUGUUGGACCGAAGCAUGUCCUGAUCGAUGAUUUCUUCUCCGAUUUUCCUCCGAUUCUCCAAAGAAUGGCCAGCGAAGGUGCAAUUGAGAAAAUGACACCAGUGCCCGAUGCGUUCGUGCCCAUCAUCAAGCUCGAACUAUGUGGAAUCAGCAUCGAUUUGAUUUUCGCGCGCCUCAUUAUUCCUGCGAUCCCGAUGAAUCUGGACCUGAAGAACAAUGAUUAUCUGCGAGGGCUGGACGAGAGAGAAGUGCGGUCGCUGAAUGGAACUCGUGUCACGGAUGAGAUCCUGGAGCUUGUGCCUCAGCAAAAGACAUUCCGUCUCGCGCUGCGCGCGAUUAAGCUUUGGGCCCAACGCAAGUUCUUCCGGAUCAUGAACAAGUGGAGCUGGCCUCAGCCCGUCUUGCUGAAGCCGAUUGAGGAUGGUCCGCUCCAGAUGAAAGUCUGGAACCCAAAGAUUUAUCACGGCGAUCGAUUCCACCUAAUGCCCAUUAUCACCCCCGCAUAUCCCUCCAUGUGUGCCACGCACAACAUCAGUUUGUCUACGAAGGCUGUCAUCCUAAGGGAGCUUCAGCGAGGAGGAGAUAUGGUGGACAAGAUCUUUAUGAAGCAACUCUCGUGGAAUGACCUGUUUACCCGCCACACAUUCUUCACCAAGGACUACAAGUAUUACAUCAGCAUCACUGCCUCUAGCAAGACGAAGGAGGCAGAGUCAGCCUGGUCAGGUCUUGUGGAGUCCAAGCUGCGUCACCUUGUCGGAGCUCUUGACCGCAAGCCCAUAAUUGCAGUUGCCCACCCAUUCCCCAAGGGAUUCGAAAGAAUUCAUACUAUUGCCAACGAACAACAGAUGGAAGCUGUCAAAAAUGGAUCUACACAGUACCAGGCUAAGGGCACCAAAACUGAGAUGACUGACGAGACAAAGGAUGCGGUUCACCAAGCUGCCAUCCAGAACACCCUCGAGAACGCAGAGGUCCCGGAGCCCAACGAAAGCCAGACUAAGCCCGAGCCCGAUGGUCACACCGUCUACACCACCACGUAUUACAUUGGAUUGGAGCUGAAGCCUCUCGAACCAGGCCAAUCACGAGAGCUGGACAUCUCCACCGAUGCGAACAUUUUCAAGUCCAACUGCACUUCGUGGACAGGAUUCCAGCCCGAGGUCAUGGAAUUGGCCGUCACUCAUACCCGCAACUUUGAUUUGCCCGACGAUGUCUUCGAGCCUGGUGAGGUCAAGCCCGUCCGACCGAAGAAGAAGGUCGUCAAGAGAACGGAAACAGCCGGCCAGAAACGAAACAUCAGCCAGUUGGACGACAACCUUCCAGGAUUCCCACAGCUAGGAAGCACUAAUACCAACAUCGAUUUCAGGGCUCGUCAGAAGUAA